GCGGGCGGGCGCCAGACGGCGCGCGGCUGCGGGGAGAGCGCGGGCUGCGGGAUGGGGCCCCCUGAGAGCGCGGCGGAGCUCGCACCCGACGCGGUGGAGCUGCGCGAGCCGGAGCCCGCGUCCCCCGGCGAGGAGCCCGAGGACGUCGAGGCGGCGGACGCCCCCGACCCCGGCAGGUGCUGGCCGUAUGGAGCCCGGGCGUGCGGCGGCUCGCGUGGGGAGCCUGAAGCCAAGAAGAAAGCACCCUGCCCUGGACUUGGCUUGUUUUACACAGUGUUGUCUGCCUUCCUUUUCUCAGCGGCCUCUUUAUUUGUUAAAAAAGUACAAGGUGUCCAUGCAGUGGAGAUCAGUGCAUUUCGAUGUGUGUUCCAGAUGCUAGUUAUUAUUCCUUGCCUAAUAUACAGAAAAACUGGGUUCAUAGGUCCCAAAGGCCAGCGACUUUUCCUCCUUCUCAGAGGGGUCUUUGGUUCCAGUGCCAUGAUCCUUAUGUACUAUGCUUUCCAGACGACGUCCCUCGCAGAUGCCACAGUUAUUGCAUUUAGCUGUCCAGUGUUUACGUCAAUAUUUGCUUGGAUAUUUCUCAAGGAAAAGUAUAGCCUUUGGGACGCUUUCUUCACGCUGUUCGCGAUCGUUGGAGUGAUCCUUAUCGUGAGGCCGCCUUUUUUAUUUGGCUCCGACACAUCAGGGAUGAACAAAAACUAUUCAGAGCACAUUAAGGGAACAUUUGCCGCAAUUGGACACGCCGUGCUAGCUGCAAUGACCCUGGUUAUCUUAAGAAAAAUGGGAAAAUCUGUGGACUACUUUCUGAGCAUUUGGUAUUAUGUCAUCCUUGGCCUUCCUGAAUGCAUCAUCAUCCUCUUUGUCAUGGGAGAAUGGAGUCUUCCUUACUGUGGGCUGGAUAGGCUGUUUCUCAUACUCAUUGGGCUCUUAGGUUUGGGGGGUCAGAUAUUCAUCACGAAAGCCGUUCAAAUAGAAAAAGCAGGACUCGUAGCAAUAAUGAAGACAAUGGAUAUAGUCUUUGCUUUUAUCUUUCAGAUUGCUUUCUUCAAUAAUAUGCCGACCUGGUGGACGGUGGGUGGGGCUCUCUGUGUAGUAGCCAGUACUACUGGAGCAACCAUUCGAAGAUGGGUCCAGAGUUCCAAAUGAAAUGUCACUGUGGAAAUCUAUAUUUUUUUCAAGUAUUUCAUCACAGAGUUCAGAAAUCUUACACACCUACACACAUAUCUGGAAAAUCUGCAUUAUUCAUUGAUUAUAUUUAAUAAAUUUCAUAAAUAAAGUACCAUUUUUGAAUAUGGUAUCUUUUAAAUUAAGAGUAGCUAGUCUAGCCUAGCAAUUUUUGAAUAGCUUUAAUUUUUGGAUUGUUGGGGUUGAGGUGUCAUUGAGAAGAUAGCUCUUUUGAGGAAUUUCAGAAAUUUUUAUGAAUAUAAUUUUUAAAAUUUUAUUUUUUGACACAGAUAAGAUGUGGGUGAGAAAUACUCUAUUUUAGCAGUGUAGAUAAGAAGCUUAAUGUUGACAAUGCUGCUAUAAUUAGUACUGUGUUAAUCCUUCAUUUGCAAUAUAAUUCCAUUUAGGAUGCCAAAGCUGAAACUUGGUGCAGGUGCCUACUUACUGAUAGGAAUAUAAGUGAACCAGCCUUAUUGUCAAGGAUUUUAUAGAUGAUCAUUACACUUUGAACUCUUAUUUGUGCCUUUUUGUUUUGAUGCCGGAAUUUUUAUAUGUACUCUCUGAACAGAACCUUUCACUUGCCCUGUGUGGUUAGCAGUUCUCCCUUUCAGUAGAUUAGUAACUCCUGGCUAUCGUUUUUUGAAUUUUUAAAUUGUCUCCUGCUUUACUGAAAUUGCACUUUUUUUUUUAGCAUUCCAUGAUUUUCAGUCUUAAAGUCAUGAGAGAGAAGUCUUGGGUAACCAGUGUGCACAUCCCAUUGUUAGGUGUUUACACUUGAGAUAUGAUAAUUUUCUACAAAUUCUCUUUGAAUUUAUAGUAUGAUGCCAAAUACAGUUUUCUCAGGAUUGUGCAACAUUGGGCCAUAACAAAUUGUCCAAAUUGUACCAUUUUCAUUUACAAAAACCAUAGUUUUAGAAGGUUUUCCUUAUAGCCCCUUUAAAGUAUAGGUCUGUUAUUAAACUUAUUCCUACAGUCUUCUUCCAUUUUGGAAUGAUAUGUUAUAAUGCUUGUGAUAUAUGAAAAAGUAAAGACCUAUUAAUGCACAGUUGCUUGACUUUCACAGUUUCUUGCAUACAUUAAAAAAAAUCACAGGUAAAUGUUAGUCUUUGACUGGCAAGCUGUACCAUGAUACUAGUGUGAACUCAGUAGAUUCUAAAUGUGGAUCACCAUCAGGUUGGUGCUCCUGUAAAAGGAAUGCUCAGGAGAUUGGUCAAGGAGUUGGGAGUACAUGACCACCAGUCUCUGUCACUUUGAAUGCCUUUAUGGAAAGGACAUAGUGGAUGCCACGUCUUACUCAGCCAAACACCCUCUGUGGUUAUCUUAGGCUGCAGAGUUGAGGAGCUGUGUGUUCUUUCCCAGUCUCCCCACAGUUCUUCCAAAGACAGGAACUGGGUUCCUGCAACAUACAUUCUUUUAAGAGGAUCUUCUCCAGUAGUUCCAAAGAGGAACUUUAACUUUAAUGGUUUUGAAGACUUUCCACCUGACAUCCUAGAUGAUAUUUAUUUAGCUGAGUCAUCUCAAUCACACUUGACCUGACUCACACUCUUGGAACUUAGAUUUGCAACAAUGCCAUUCUACCAGCAUCUCAGAAAAUAUAGUCAACAAACAGCCUUUUAGAGUUCAGAGCUAUCUUAGAGAUCAUCCUUUGGGAGCCAUGCUCCAUACCCAGGGAUGACAGGAUGGAGACCUGCAUGCCGUAGCUGGGUUUCCAUGGCAGCCUCUUCUCACUCAGUUCCACUUACAGAAAGUUAGACACUCCUGGAGCCACUGAUUAACUUAAGCAAUAGAAGAGUCACUGGGACUGGGGAAGGUUAACCCAUUUGGAAACAUGUUUUACUUCGACUAUAUCUUAAGUACUUGAAUGUCACAGUAUGUGGCUGACAUUGGAGACAAUGUUUCUUAUCCCAACCUUUACAGGGUAUGAUUUUUAAACAAUGUUCAAGUGGUAUACAAGGCUAUGUAUUGUAACAAUUAUGGGGGUAUGUAUUUUCCAAAGAUGUUGUUUCUAUAUCUUGCAAAGGAAAAUAUUUUUCCUAACUUGUUUUUAUUUUAUAAGUAAUAAAAUUAUAAAAGAAAGUGA